UAGGAAUAUACAAGACUUGUGGUGCAUGGGGAAAUUAAGAUAUCAAUCUCAUUACCCAUCAUGUUGAGGUUUCUUUCUUACGCUCUUGCUUGCUCUUUGUGAAUAGAGAUGGAUGAUGACUAUGUUAUUAGGAAUGUGGUAGAUGUGUCUACUUUCUUGAUGUUUGAAGCCACGGGAGACUCCGAGGAUGAUUUCUAUCCCACCGUGGGUGAUCAUCGUGACAUGUUUGUGUCCAUGGCCGACAGCGAUGCAGAGUCUUGUAGUUUUGAUUUAUCGGAUUCUUCAAAAGUUUUUGAUCUCGAUGAUUGCUGUGAUGAUCCUCAAGCAUAUCAUGUUCAUAACAAAUAUGAUGAUAAUGAUGAUGAUGGACCUUUCGAGGAGGAAGAGGAAGGGCAUAGCUACCCAGCAUGGAAUGGUGAGCAUAAUGAAUAUUGGAAGCCAAUAAGAGGGGCCAAGAAAUCAAGUGCAUCUGUGGAAUCAACUAAAGAGUUGAUGAUGACUGAGGAAGAGAAGAGCAGACUGUUUUGGGAGACAUGCUUGGCUUCCUAAACUACUACUCGAUCCCUCCAUACUUUCUCAUAGGUCAGCAUGGCACCCAAUUUCUUUCCAUUUUGUUUUGCCAUAGACAAGCCAAGUUAGCAAGGAGAUCACGUCUGGUUCUAUUCACUGAUGAUCGUAUGAUGAAAGGGGCAUGCACCACGUGGACACUACAUGCAUCGUUGAUAUAUAAUCUUCCUUUAUAUCCUAAUUAAUUAUUAAAAUAUAUUUAUGCUUUCUUUAUUUUCAUCAAACGAGUUCUUCUAUUCAGCAGUUCUACUAAAAUUAACGUAUAUUCAACUGUUUAAAAAAAGAAAAACAUAUUCUUCAUUUCUCCUCUCCUUUCCUUAUGAUGAAAUGGCUUGACAUGGAUGUGAGGGAUCAUUGAAUAGUUGGUGAGAAAUUCUUGAA